CUCUCUUUGUAUCUGUACACAGGUGAGUUGUCACACCUCUUACUCUCAGCACCCUACAAUUACACCGUGUGACCCCCUCCUACCUCCACUCCUCAUACAAACACUCACUUAAAUGCCCUUUGGCAUGGAACACAUCUCUACAAUUGCCUUUCAAACACGCACACACAUCACGAAAACAAGUGUCUCGUUUGACGGGGGGAGAAGGUCUCAGAAGAUAGAGGUAGCUAAUAUGAACUUAAAGGGUUAUAACAGAAACUGUGGUGGAAGAAAAUGACUGAAAUGAGCCAAAAGGUCUUUGUGGUGGUGCAUUUCAUUACACUCUCCGUGGCCUAUCACCAGGACAGGGCAGUGGAGGAUGUGCUGGAGUACACUGGGGGUCGUGCACAGCCAGGACUCUGCAGCUAUGAUCACACUAUUUCCUGUUGUUUGGGAUGGAGGAAUGUUAACGGCAUUUGUCAGCCUGUGUGCAAGAAGUCAUGCGUAAAUGGAAACUGCGUGGGACCAGACAAGUGUUUAUGCUCCACAGGGUAUAAAGGACCUCAGUGUGAUGAAGAUGUGAAUGAGUGCGGUUUCCUGGAGAGACCUUGUUCCCAGCGCUGCAUGAAUACACACGGUAGCUAUCGCUGUUACUGUGAACCUGGAUACACACUCGGUGCAGAUGAAUACACCUGCAUCAGAGAGGCCGCAUGUUUCUCCCUGCGCUGCCAGUUUGGUUGCCAGAUGGAGAGAGGGGGAGCUGUGCGCUGUCUGUGUCCCCCCGGCCUCCACCUGGCCGCUGACAACAAGACGUGUGAAGAUGUAGAUGAGUGUCAACGAGAUGCUGAUCUGUGUCCACCUCGGAGAGCCUGCAAGAACACUUUCGGCAGCUUUGUCUGUGUUUGCCAAGAUGGCUUUUUGAUGGGGACGGUCCAGGGCACGGUGCAAUGUCGAGAUAAGGACGAAUGUUUAACCGGGUCUCACCGGUGCAGCCGCAAUGCUCAGUGUGUCAACACAGAUGGUUCCUACACCUGUCAGUGUUUGGAGGACUACUUCGGUAACGGACGCACCUGCUGGCCCAGGAGAGCCCCACAGUCCAAGGCUGUAAUGUACUUCAACUAUAAACUCUCCAAAAGGACCAAGCCUAUACAACCUUCAUCUUCAGGUCUUAGAACCUAGAUGGCUAAACAGAAAAUGGACACACAGCAUUCAAAGGUAACUUAAGAGGUGACAAGAACAUGCUGUAAUGUCAAGUAUUUUGUCAAGUAAUGAUCAUUUUCAACACAACUGGAAACCUUGUUGCCAUUUUUCUGUCCAAGGCUGUUAUUUUUUCGUCCUAGCCAGCAAGGCAAAAACCUGGAAUACUCGCCUCGCCAUUAGUUGCCUGUUUGAUGUCUGUUGAAGGAACCCUUCAUUUAACAAAUGCACUGCAACAGGACCACACUCUGUACUUUGCUUGUGCGCUUUAACCCAAAUGGACUGUGAUGACAGGAGGGUUUUCCUUACGCUGGCAUCACCAGUGUCAAAGAAACAACCACGCCUGUUAUUGCACGUGGAGUUCACUUUGUCCAACGACAUGCUGCACAAGAUCGCAAAUAUUGCUUAGGAAUCGUUGGUAAUUUAUUACAUAAACAUGCCAUUAAGUGUAAGUUUAGUUCAUGAAAAAAAAGCAGUUCUGUGAGACUUCUUUAGAAUUUGUUAAUUAAAGGCUGACCUCUGGUGGAUAGAUAAGGGAAGAUACUAUAUCUAAGCUGCCUUCACAAUAAACU